UUGCACCAAGACCUAGACGGUGGAUUGGAUAUAUUGACAUGAUAUAAUAUUAUGAAAUAUGAUAUCAAAAUGUUUUGUAAAUCUAGGCGUCAGAACAAGUUAGCCUCCACCUUUUUGGUUACAAUUGUAUAGCUUGACAAAUGUCUACAAAAUCACACCCCUACGGUCACAAGUACUGACGACGACUAACAACAAUGAUCUUGGCACAAGUGCCCUCCGUAGAUUUGAUAUGUAUGCUGAUGAUGGCAGUGCGCAUUUGGCGAUGCUGCUUUUGGUACGACUGGACAUACCAUAAGAGAUAAGAGUAGCAGAAGCAUCAACAAGAUGAUGGUGGCCACCUAAACACAAAGAAGAAGAGGAAGAUAGCGCACAGACAUGUCCACCGCACUGAAGGAUAACUUCUACAGGGCCUUGGUGAAGGGCGCGAGGGAAGAGUUCGAUAUUUUCCUCUCUAAGGGGAUUUCUGUGGACGCCGUGUUGGAGGUGAAACCGUUUGUUGAAGAAAACGGGGAGGUUCGUGUGCUUACAUGGCUGGAGCACGUGCAGAGGGAGACCAAGGAUCUAGAUCCGAGACAGAAAAGGAAAUAUUACGGAAUCUGGUCCAUGACGUUUGUGAAGGAGUACACCACACCGCUGUACAUCACCGCUAGUAAAGGGUACAUAGAGUGCAUGCGUCACCUACUGGACAGGCGGGCUGAUGUCAACUACUCUCCCAACGGCUGGUCUCCUCUGCACGCCGCUGUGGACGGGGGACAUGUGGACGCCGUACAGUUGCUGAUCAACCAUGGCGCAGACGUGGACUUGGAGACAGAAGACACCGGGAAGACGGCGUUACACAUGUGCUGUGGGAAAGACUACUUAAAGAUCGCCAAGCUGCUGCUACGGAGAGGGACCAACAUCAACGCGAAAACCUACGAUGUCGAGGAGACGCCCCUGCACGUGGCCGCCCAGAACGGGCUCUUUGACUUGGUAGACCUGCUCCUGGAGAAAGGCGCCGAUCCCAACGCAACCAACAACGAAGGAGACACGCCUCUGGCCCUGGCCUGCACCUGCACGGAGGGAGACAGCUACUACCACAACACGGUGGAGAAACUCAUCCAGUGGGGUGCAGAUGUCAAUCUGAAGGACAAGGAAAAGAAGUUGCCUCUCCACAAUGCUGCUCGCAAGGGGGACCACAAGCUGGUGGAAAUACUCGUUCGAAAAGGUUCAGAGAUCAAUGCGCGGGACUACUUUCUCAAGACUCCACUGUUCGACGCAGUGGCAGCAUCUGAAAUAGCCGGUAUGGGCGCCGAAGGAGUGGUGAAGGGGAAACCAGAGAAAUGUGUUCAAAUUUUGCUGAACUUCGGCGCUUGGCGGAUUUUUCCCGAAAUCUUUCACCGCGUUCUGGUCAUGUGUGCCUCAUACCCGCCCACCAUCGAAGUACUUAUUAAUGCUUACCCAAGAGUUAAGGUACCGAGCCUAUGGAUGGAAUCAAUACCUAAAGAUGCUUUAGUCAAAUUUCGGGACUUCUAUGACGCGUUUGAAACAUUGGGCAGUAGUCCUGGCUCUCUGCAACAUCUCGCGAGAUCUUCUCUGCGAGAUUUCCUGGGACGAAGGUGCCACACUGUGAUAUCCCAACUUGGGAUCGCUCCACGGCUGAAGAGAUACCUUCUUUUGGAACCAGGGGAAGCAGGGCUGCACUAACAACAAAUGAUUACAAACUAUAUGCAUGGACAUAUGUUAUCUUCUAUUUUACCAAAAUGCUAAAAGAAUUUGAAGGAAAUUUGCUCGCAAAAAAUCCUACUGCGCACGCGCGGAAAAAUCCUGACAUACCUGUACAAUUUGGGGAAUUCUUGACAAACGGACACUAAACUAUUAGGCUAGCCCUUGAGGCGUCGCCAAAAACUCACUUGGAACAAUUAAGACAAUCCAUUAAACCGACCAACAGGGUAACUGUAGAGCUUUACCACCCAAACUGUUGCAUCCCAGCUUACGGUGAUGCGUGGUAAUGUGGACAGGAAGGAAAGGUUACACCAAGUAUGAUCAAGUCUUCUAUACUUUCCUUGUGACACACAGUAUGCUGCCUGGCUGAAUGAAAUUAUGAAGACUGAUAGUGUUAUGCGUUCGGUGUACAUAUGGAGACUUCGUUCUGUAGAUUAUUUUGUUGCCGGUGUAAAUAAAUGUAUAUCGGUAAAUCAA